GAGCACACCAAUGACGGCACAUCAAUUAAAAAUAAAAAAAAUAAAAAAAGGGUAAACAAACACAGCACGUACCAAGGAUGGACAGCCCACUGCAAAGAUCUCAAACGCAGCGUAUCACACGCUUUAUGGAGCGCCUUAGCGCUCUGCAAUGCAUAAAAUGGUUCGUGGUCGUCGUACUCAUUUUCAAGUCGUUACAGGUUAUUUUCAACACGAGCGUUCUUGUUGUAACGAUGAACCAGCACAGCAAGGCACCUUUCAAGCUGUUUAUCAGCGUGUACAACGUGCUCGUACUCGUGCAGCUCAUACUGUUCUUCCUGCGGCACCGGGAGUAUUUUAGGGUGGCGAGGCUGCCUGAUAUCCAGGAUAACAACGAACUCAGUCUUUUCAGCAACUUCGUUGAUGCGUUCUCCCUGUUUUGGUGCCUUACCGGCUUUCAUUGGACACAGGAGUGCAAGACAUGCAAGAUCAGUGCACCGCUCCUGUACUAUACCACACUUACGUGGUCAUACCUCGGCAUAUUUGUGGUAGUUUCACCGCUCAUUGCGAUCGUUCUGCUCAUCUUCAUCAUUGCGUACUUCAAGCCCAACCUGCCCGUGAUCGAGUACAAGAACACCGGUGAGAUAAACAAGGAAAACGCUAACUGUUCGAUCUGUCUUGCGGAGUACAACGUGAAUGAUAAGAUAAAAAUACUUCCGUGCAAUCACCACUUUCAUCUCAACUGUAUUGAUGAGUGGUUUAAUAUCGAUGAUAUAUGCCCGCUGUGUAAGAAGCCGAUCAAUAUUUUGUACGAUUUGAUAGACUGAGAAGGUUGAUGAGUGGAACAGAGAUGUGAAUUAGAGCACGGUAAUGAAUGCGGUGUAUGGGGGGGUAGUAUGGAGAAUUGGGGGGUAAUAGAGGGAAUAAAGUAAGGGAAUGGGAGUAGAAAUAAGAAUGGAGUAG